GGUCUGCGUACACAUUACCCUCCCCAGACCCCAAUAAGUGGGAUUAUACUGGGUUGUUGUUGUUGUUGUUGUUACUCAAGAAGCCUCUCGAAAGAUCAAAGAUAUGUCCACUUUUAAUUUCCUGAAAGUUGCUGGAAGUUUCUUGCACAAAGAACUCUCUCAACAUUUUCAGAACUUUCAAGAUUCUUAAAACUGUACCCCUCUCUCUAUAUAUAUUGCACCAUUAAACCCCUUAGCUCUUCCCAGAACACUAGUCAACCAAACACAAAAGAUAAAGAAAAAGAAGAAGAUCGUCAAAGCUUGCUAGGAUGAGGCUCAACAAAAACAUUCCAUUUUUUAUCUUUUCAGUUGGCUGCAUAUUGCAAAUGGCAUCAGUGUCAGAAGGAUCAUCAAUUCUACCAUUAUUCUUGGACCAAAUGGCCAAUACUCCCAGUAGUCUACUAAGUGAAACAUUUCUUGAUCCAUUCAGAAUGUUAGAACAAAUACCCUUAGGACUAGAAACCAGAGACGAGACUCUCUCCGUUGCAAAAGUAGACUGGAAAGAAACGCCAGAGGGACACGUGGUAACAGUAGACGUUCCAGGUUUAAAGAAAGAAGAGAUAAAGAUAGAGAUGGAGGAAAAUAGGGUGUUGAGAGUGAGUGGAGAGAGGAAAAAAGAAGAAGAAAACAAAGAUGAUCAUAUUCAUUGGCAUUGUGUUGAAAGGAGCUAUGGAAAAUUCUUGAGGCAGUUUCGUCUGCCUGAAAAUGCUGAUAUUGAUACUCUUAAAGCUAAGCUUGAAAAUGGUGUGUUAACUAUUUCUUUUGCUAAGUUGUCUCCUGACAAAAUUAAGGGUCCUAAAGUUGUCGCCAUUGAGACCAAAGAAGAAGGAAAAAACUCUUCUGCUUCCGUUAAAGAGGAGCUGUAACGCAUCUUGCUGCGUGGCGUGAAUACGAGAUACUUUGUGCUUUGUAAUCGUAAUAAAUUAUGGGGCGUGAUUUAUAUAUGCUUGGUCUUUUGUCCCUAGACAGUAGUGAAAAGUGAUGAAAAUAAUGUAAAUGCAGUCAUAAUUGGGAAGUUCUAUCAUAUUUGAUCGGUUUCUUUUUGUUUGUUGGAUAUAUUGAUCUUCUAAUUGUUAAGUUCUAUUUAUAUUUUUUCACGAAUACUACUUUCAAAAGUUCAAGUUG